CCGAGUGAAAUCCAACUUCAUUUAGAAGGUCCACUUUGGUGUGCUAAUAUUUGUGUAGAGGAAUAACAACAUUUAACCCAACAGUUUCAAGUGAAAUCAAAACUCUAAUAACAAAAUGUCAGUCAGAUAACAAACUUAUUCUGUUUUGUUCUUUUUCUUUAAUUUUUAAAUGUGUUACAAUAAUUAUCUUCUGCCAUCAGCACCACAAGUUUUUGGCAUGUAUGAACAACUUUUUUGUCUUAUAACCAGACUAGUGUUGAGUUGAAGAUUUUUUAUUGUUAUUUGAAUUGUAUUAUUGCAUAUUUUUUUUUUUUCUUCCACUCAUGAUUUGCCUCAGUAAUAUAGUAUGUUACCUUUCAUUUAUUUAAUUUUCAGAUGAAAUGAAUGCUGUAUAUUUCCCUAGUAAACUUCACUAUGAGCAUACAUGAUAUAUAUACAUCUCCUUUAUAUUUAUACUUGCUUUAAAUCUUUGUAGAAACCAUAGUAACCAGAGACAUUACCAAAGCAGACAGAUAAACUUAAACCUGAAAAAUCAGUAAAAAUGGCAAAAUUAUUAUUUUAUUGCUUAUUCCCUUGUCUGAAUUCUAACCAGAUCCAGAAAUUCUAAAUGGACUCAGUUGGUCUGCAACGGUAGAUCGCGUAUUCCGAGAAAACUUUGAUGCAGACCAAACGCUGAUGUGGCAAUAUUUUGGAGCUCAAACUGGCUUUAUGCGAGUUUAUCCAGCUACAACGUGGUAUGUUCCUCCCAAUUUGAUAGACCUUUAUGAUGCACGUCUGCGACCUUGGUAUGUUCAGGGCUCCGUUCCACCAAAGGAUAUGAUUAUUCUUAUGGACAGGAGUGGCAGUGUUCAUGGACAGACAUUUACAAUCAUGAAAUGGGCUGUAAAAACUCUAAUUGACACUCUAGGAGAAAAUGACUUUGUAAAUGUUGCUGCAUUCAAUGACACAACUGAGUGGGUGAAUAACUGUACAUAUUGCAAGGCAAAUGGAACAGAAGAGGAGAAUGAGGACUGUCAUCAAAAUUUAGUCCAAGCAAGCACAAGCAAUAAGAAACUAUUAUUUAGGGCAAUUGACGAGCUUGAAGAUGGUGGCAUAGCCAGCUACUCAAAUGCAUUAGAAUUUGCACUCGAGGCCUUCAAGGAGUAUUCACAAACCAAGGCAAGAGGAGAAGGGGCUCAGUGCCACCAAACAAUCAUGCUCUUCAGUGACGGAGGAACUGAAUGGCCGGAAGAGAUCUUUAAGAAAUACAAAGCAGAUGAAGAUACAAAGGAUGUGCGGGUAUUUACAUAUGCUGUGGGUCCUCAUCCCAUCCCAACAGCAGUGUUAAAACAGAUGGCUUGCUCAACAGGAGGGCAGUACUCUGUUAUUACUACAAGAAGUAGUGUCCGAACAAAAAUACAAGAGUCGUAUACAAGCUUACUCUCCCCUGCUCACCCCCUGAAAGGAAACCUUUCUGACCAAUAUACAACUGCGUACACAAGUGCUGUGACAGAGGAGUUGACUGUAUCUCUUACACGGCCAGUUUACAACAUGUCAGACUAUACGAACACCUCAGAUUUAUUGGGAGUAGCAGGCAUUGAUGUUCCCAUCCAGUCACUGAAGAAUCUCUCACCAUUUGAAGCUCUUGGACCAAAUGGUUACACUUUCAUCAUUAACCAUAAUGGCUUUAUUGUUAUGCACCCGAGGCUAAGUCCACAACUCUCAUAUUUACUGGGACCCCCUCACAUUGAUCUGCUUGACGUUGAAGAGGAGACCAAUGAGACAGUCUUCAUCCGAAAGAGAAUGGCCAACGCGACAGCAGGUUCUGAAUCAGUUCUUGGGAAGAUAAGAAUUGAUGAUUCUCAUUCUGUUGUCUACAGUACCAUACAGUAUACAUGGACUCCAAUAAUUGAUACUACAUAUAGCUUGGGCAUUGUGAACCUCAGGCGGUCAUACCACAUGAUUGUCCAUAACCAAAGUGGCUAUUCUGUUGCUGAGCAAUUCAACACUACUGACACUGUGAUAGCUCCCUGGCCCUAUUGUAGAGGACGUCAAGCAAGUGACUCGGUGACGAGGGUAAAAGACUUUAUAAAGGAUAUCAGUGAGCGAAGGGGAAUGUGUAAAGAGCUGAGUAAGAAUGAUUUAGCACAAGGGUUGCUGUGGUCCCAGUCUUGGACGCAGGAGUUACUUAAGCAGUGGAAGAAGGAUCGUUGGUCAAAAGAGGAUCUGAUUGGCAGAGUCAUAUUUACAAGAUUCGGACUGACUAGGUUCUAUCCUGAGAGUCAGAGGCCAGGAGCUCUCCAUUGGCAGGACCCAUGGUACAACCCAGCACUUCGUAGGGGAGAACUGUCAAGCAGAAUUGCCAUUAUUCCCCAUGCCCUUGGUGCCUUUUUAUCAGCCCCAGUCAAAGUUGCUAAGAAUUAUGAAGUAAUGGCUGGAGUUGUGGGUGUAAACCUGACAGCCAGUUACCUGCAUAGCGAAUUUAAGACUAUGUUGAUAAGGACUGAGUGGAACAAGGACUACCUCCUCCUAUUGGUGGAUGAUGGAGGACUCAUCGUUACUUCCAAUGAAGAGGAGCUACAUGGAGUAACCCUUCAAGGGAUGUUCCUUGGAGAUCUGAAUAUGCCAUUAAUGGAGCAUUUGCACAAUGCCAGCAUUUAUAACAUGGAAAAACGAGUAAACACACAGGCUAUCUGCAAAGAGUCGAAGACCAAGGGAACAAGUGCAGGUCCAAGGAGUUUCCUCAUUCCAAAUCCUCUGAAACUUCUUGCUGGUUUCCUGAUUGAGAUACUUUCUUGGGCUGAUUAUCUGAGAUACAUGAUAUUUAGCUGUGUUGUGGCAUUCAUGUCUCCAAGCGUUGAGGCAUGGUCCGAGUGGGGCAUGACGCAAAUUGGGGGACAGGAAUCAUGUGUUAUGUCCCAAGCCAUCUAUUAUUUUGGUGAAAACACACGUCAUUCUGCUAUCAUGCAUUGCAGCAACCACACUGCAAAGUUUUGGGUUCGACGUCUAGUGAAGGCAAAUGCAAUUCUAGUUGCCAUUGAAACAAAACCAGAAGAGUGUGGCGUAUACUCCAGUCUUCCAAAUAUCACACCAGAAAGAGUUACUACAGUGAAACCUUGUGCAUACCAAGCAAGGUUUAGAAGACGGCCAUCGAGCUGCCUCAUGGAUAACUCAACAGAUUAUUGCAAUAAAUCACCACAUCCGACGGCCGCUUCAUUUGGAACUGUGCUAAGUGUUUUACUUGUUAGUAAAAUCUUGGGAAGUAUAUAAUAAGUACUGUGAUUCUAUUGGUACAGAUGAUAUUAGCUAUAUUUUCAUGUAUGGUACUCAAAAAUUAGGAUUUAUAUUCUAUUGAAAAAAACUAAGAAAAAAUAAUUGAAAUUAACAUUUUUAUGUGUUUGUUAAGUGUAUAUUAUGUGGAAUUUCUUAAUAUAUCAUUUAAGAAUUCUCACUGGAUAAGUUACAAGUAAAAUAACAAAUGGAAGUAUGAAUAGUUUCAAGCAUAAUCUUUACAACAUUUAAAUUACAUGUUAUGCAUGACAUGUAGGAAAACAUUUUGUGUUUAAUGUUUGUAAACACAUGUAUGUGGGAGUGCGCACACACACACACACACACACACACACACACACACACACACACACACACACACACACACACACACACACACACACACACACACACAGACACACACACACAGACACACACACAGACACACACACACACACACACACACACACACACACACACACACACACACACACACACACACACACACACACACACACACACACACACAGUAAAAAAAAUGUAUAACAGAAUAAGGCUUCUAGUCUUCCUUCAUUGUAUAUUGAAAAGUAUACAUUUUCCCUUUUUAUCAGAACCAAAGAGACUUAUGGCGUAGCAAAUGAAUGUAAAUUGAUUCAUGAAAUUUGACUUGACACAUUUUCAUUUGUAUUCAAUUGUUGAUUGUAAUGUGAAAUAAUAUAUUUUCUUUCAUUACAAUUGUUUGCAGUGGUUGAUAACAGAUAAUGGUUGAUAACCAUUUUGCACCUGAUAUUGAUAUGACAGAUUAGUGUUUUUGCUCAUUCUAGAUCUCACUGUGAUAGAUAAGAUCUAUAUACUGUCCAUUAUCUGUAUAGCAAGUCCCAGCUGUAAGUUGGUUCAUCUUGAAUUUUAGUCAGACUAACAGCUAUAGCAUUCUCUAACAAUUUCCAUUUCCUUGAUUGUAGAAUUCUUGAUAUAUUCUCUUAGAGUGGACCAUUUGAAGAUAAAGCAUAAACACUCUUAAAUAUUUCACAAUGGUGUCAACUUACCAUGGAUCACCACUAUUUAGUGAUAAAGUUAAACAUGUAUUUGUAGAGAAGUAUAUUUCAAGUUGCACGUAAUGUCUUUUCUACUUUGCUGGGUUUUUUUUAGAUGUUACUUUUCAUGUAGUUACUGUGAAUAUGAGAAUGAAAGCAGACAUGAGAAGGGUAAGCUACCAAGCACAUGCCUUAAAGAUAACUGACCAAAGAAAGUGUGUGGUGUAUGUGGUUAUAUAGUUAUGACUGGAGUCAUCAGGAUAUAUGUUUUGUUUCUUUUCUUCAUGUCUAAAUGUUCUUAUAAAAAGAUUAAGUGAUAUUUAGGAUUGUGAUUUUGUAGUCUCAAUAAUUAACCUGAUAUUUUGUUUAUUUUUUGUUUUUGUCUUGGUGUUAAUGCAGACACAAAGAGCAAAGAAGAAAAUAUAUUUAAAAAAAAGGGUACAUACACUGUAAAGUGAGAUUAGUGAAUGAUAGAUUUAACCAAAGGAAAAGCACUAAAGUAAGUAUGUUGCAUGUUGUGGCUCGCAAUUAAAUUCUCUUCACCAAGGCAGUUAUAUGUAUACCCAAACAUAGUGAAUUGUUUUAUGCGAGUCAGAACAGUGUACCAUGCAGUGCUCACUCAAUCUGAUGAUAAUACUAAAACAUGAUGUAGCUAUAUAAUAGUUGAUUCUUCCAGAAUAAGAGGAUUUUCUGAAAGGUGUCUUCAUAUCUUACAAAUGCCAUGUGUUUUAGAGGUGUUCUUAUAGGUAAUAUUUACUUCACUUUUAGAAUAAGAUUUCCACCUACAAGGAACCAUUCUUGUACAGUGCAUCAACAGAAUCACCAAAUAUAGUUUAGUGUGAGCAAGUUUUUAUAAGCUGGGAAUGGUUGUUUUAUCUUCUUUACUCUUAAUUCUUGCAUCUGUUUCUUAUCUUAUUCUAUUUUUUUCCUUUUAGAUGGAUUUUUUAUCAAAAUGAAAUAUAAAGGAAAAUACACAUGCAUGUUCAAAUAAGAAAGAUUGGAUGGUAAAUUCAGUAUUUUUAUGCUACAUUAUUUAGUUCUGUAGAAUUUCUUUACAUAUUAACAAACCCAAUUAUCUUUUGUUUGUUUAUUCAGAAUGUGAAAAGAAAUGAGAUUUAAGAGUGCAAGUUAAAUCCCAUGUGAUUUUCAUUUGAUAUACUUCUGUAUUAUCAAAGAAUAUCUGUAUUUUCCAUGGAUCAUCAGCUGACAUGAUUAUUGUACUUAUUAUUUGCAAUACAGCAAUGCCAAAACAUGUUAACAAAUUUAUUAUUAUUACUUUGCAUAUGAGAGAAGGAAGUUACCAUAUAGAUAUAUAUGCUUAAAGCUAUAUCUAUAUGCUUAAGGCUAAGUCUGUGUGAAAGUGAACAUUGCUGUCCAGCAAAUAACAGCUGCUGUAACUUUAUUUAUUCCCGAACAUAAAGUAUUAAAUGCACAUAAAUAAAUUAAAUGAAAUAAAACCAUUUCACAAAAUCUCAAGUAGUUGUGAUACAGCAAUGCACCCUAAAAUAAUGAUGAUAAUGAUCAAAACCAAGAGAAAUUUCAGUUUCUUUCAUUAGAAAAAAAGGAAUAAGUUAUCUUACUAAAAAAUACUAGUGCUUUUGAUACUAAAUUAACUUUCAUAUAUACUCUACUUUCUUUCCCCCCUUUCUUUAUCACAUUCUUUCUUUUUCUGUAAGAAUGCAUUGUAUCAUUUGUCAUUAAGCUCUUGAGGAGGAUCUUGACAAUUUCCUUGCUCUUCCCCUGAACGAUAAUGUGCAUAGUUAUCUUAGUAAAUGCAUCCUAGUCAGUUGUUUACCCUCAGCGUAGUUUGUGGAAGGAUGAAUAUACUGCGAAGAAUGUAAGACCUUAUUCUGCAUGUUGUAGAGAAAAGUAUUUACCUGUAUAUUUAACUUUUAUCAAUUUGAUUAUGUAAAUAAAUGUAAUUUUUAUCAUGUGUAUUGUAAAGGACAUAGAGAUUAAUGCUCUGGCAGUAAAUUGUUAUGCACAGUGUUAUAUAUGUGUAAAUAAAAUACUUUUUAGUGGCA